CGAAGAUGGGCUUGGCUCUGGUGUUGCUCUUUGGUGUUUUCUCUGCCUGCGGAGUUCUCGGCAUGAACAUCGAGGAACUUCCUCAGAGGAGCAGCAUCAAGAGACAAAUUAGCACGACCACCCAAGAUGAAACACCUGUACUAGUUCGAGAUGGAGAACCAGAGCAAGCAGAGCAGCAGCCAGAAGCAGGAGAUAUACUGCCAAAAAAACGGCCUCGUCUUUCUUCAAGUUCCAGUUCGACUGUACCACGUGGUCCGAAUCAACAUGGAAAGCAUCAAAAAAGCAACAAUGAUGUGCUUGACGACAAAGAGAAAGAGAAGUUCAGUUGUAUAAGCAGAAAGAGACGGAAAAUUGGUGUAAAUAAGUGUGCUGGUAAAAAUGGUACUUUCGAAGAGGAGGUGGACAGAGAUAUGGAGGGGCACGACGAUGGGGACGAUCAUGAUGAAGUGGACAGAGAUGUGGAGGGGCACGACGAUGGGGACGAUCAUGAUGAGGUGGACAGAGAUGUGGAGGGGCACGACGAUGGGGACGCUCAUGACGAUGACAAAACGGAUGUUGAAGAAGAUCAAGAGGAUGCCUCUCAUCAAGGUAGUAAAAAACAACAACACGCUGAUGAUCAAGCUGGAACCUCGUCCACGAUAAUGUCUGCUCGCGGUUUCUUAGAGCACCUUGGUGGUUCGCAGAAUCGACUCUGGGAUUUUUUCGGUCAUGCAGAACUCCCAACGAUAAGAAGUGUCGCGCCAUGGGCUACCAAGCAUGUUGCUUCGCCACAAGAACGAAUCCAAAAAACACGUAAAAAAUACUGUCCAGGUCCGCCAGAUGAUCGAGACGACCAACAUUAAGGCUAUAAGAAUCGACUUCCGUACCUCUUUUUCCGUACUAGAAUUUAUUGCCCUGCUCCAUGUUCUCGUGGUCUACAUGAUCAACGUCUGCAAGGAAGUGUAAUACAAGAUGAAGGGCUACUUGAAGAUUUGGAUUUGGGAAAGUUACUUCAAAAUCAUCAUACUUGUCUAUCUUCGCUAUGAUCCCUGUGUACUAGUAAAAGAAUGACGGAGGAACGGGAAAACUACGCGUACUAGUUGUACUUUACUAGCGCCGCUAACAUCUUCAAGAGGGGACGAAUGCUGCUCCUCGUGCGAGGACAAGGUUUCGCAACGAAAAAGAGCUGCAUCGUGCUCUCAAGCUGUGGCAUCACAACAUGCCUUCGCAUCUGGGGAAUAGCGUGAGCGUCGACGAUGACGUCAGGUCGUACUACCACAGAGAUCGUUUAUCUUACGGUUACUCCUAUUAUAAAACUAAAAGUCGAAAUCCAUCUCCAUCUUCUUCCUCUAGACAUUGGAGGGAUUCCUCAUCAACCGUCCAGUCCAUUCAUCACAACAACUAGAGUGGAUCCCCCAACCGCUAUAUGUAAGAAAUGGAUCUUGUUCCCUGAAGAACCUCCGUAUGAAGAAAGGUCGUGAUGUCUCGCCCUUGUAUUUCUAGGGGUGGAACCCCACCCCCAGCACGACUGUAAUGAAUUGGGCUCUUCUAAUUAUGAAGCAUCCACGAGGAGCAGAAGUUAGUGAUGGAGGCCUGCGCUGAUGGAGCUCCACCUGAAGCGUGGGAUUUGCACCAGAUCUAUCCUGAAGACCCACUUUUUGGCGAAACGUUGCAAAAAACGGCAAGAAUGAUGUGGAUAGAAACAUGGGCGCACACCGACUUAUGUUGGAGAUGAGCAGUAGUAGAUUUUGAACGAUUUAUCGAUCAAUUCGGCAUCUUUCCCCAUCAAUUCAUCGGUAUCCUUUUCCCAGAAAAAAAAUAAAAGCCACUUACUUCCGUAGUGCUAUUUCAUACACCACCAGGAGGCAGAAGUGGUAUCUCUCUGUACUCUCGUGGUCGUGGGUUCUUCAGAAAUGCAAACUGCCACUUCUCUAAUUGGUGACGUUACGAAUUUGCAUAGAAGAGUAUGGGAUGAACUGUCGAGAUUGGGGCACUCCCCUUCGAUAUGGGGAGAUGAAGACGAAGAUCUCGUUGAUCCCGCGGCGACUGCUUCGGCUGUGCUAGAGUUAAGGCUUACCCUGCUUACCCUGUAAUCCAUCUUAUUCUUAAUCUCAUGCUUACCAUGCACAUCAAGCAUCUUUAUUUUCUGUUCCCGAGUAUGUAAAGGGUGCCGUAGGGGAACUUCUGUCCGAGGAGACUACAUAAACAUAGGGGGAAAGCAUAAGCACCUCCUGGAUGCUGAACUUCGAAAUUGGAGAUCUUCAUCAUCUUCUUUUUUUGGGCCGUGCGUGGGCUCUAAUACCAGCCCGAAGGCAAACGGAGGCAGAAACACA